GCGAGGGUCGCGAUUCCGACCACCCGGGUAGCCGCUGGGCAGAUCUCAUAUUUUGGAUUCUGGCUACAUUAUAAUGAAUGACACUUCGACAUCAGAUGUCAUUGGUCGACGAGUUGAGGUUAAUGGAGAACAUGCAACAGUGCGUUUUUCUGGUAUCGUUCCUCCUGUGGCAGGACUCUGGUUAGGAGUAGAAUGGGACAAUCCCGAGAGAGGAAAGCAUGAUGGAAGCCACGAGGGGACUGUGUAUUUUAAAUGCAGACACCCAACAGGGGGAUCCUUUAUUCGUCCCAACAAAGUAAAUUUUGGAGUGGGCUUUCUCACUGCAGUUAAGAAUCGCUAUGUGUUAGAAGAUGGACCAGAGGAAGAUGGAAAAGAGCAAAUUGUUAUAAUUGGAAAUAAACCCGUGGAAACUAUUGGUUUUGACUCUGUUAUAAAACAGCAAAGUCAGCUGAGCAAGUUGCAAGAAAUUUCUCUGAGGAACUGUGCCGUGAAUGGUGCUGGUGACAAAGGAGCAAUUGCCAAAGCGUGUCCUAAUAUCAGAAAAGUAGAUUUGUCAAGAAACCUGUUGUCCUCGUGGGAUGAAGUCCUAGAUAUUGCUGAUCAGCUGAAACAUCUGGAAGUUCUUAAUCUCAGUGAGAAUAAACUCAGCUUUCCCUCGGGUUCACCAGCUCGAACCGGAACAUUUCCUGCACUGAAGGUUUUAGUCCUUAACCGAACAGGAAUAACAUGGGCGGAGGUGCUCCGGUGCGCCGCUGGGUGGCCGGUCCUUGAGGAGCUGUACCUCAAGUCUAACGAUCUCCUCAUUUCGGAAAGGCCGGCUGAUGUCCUGCAGACAGUCAAGUUAUUAGACCUUUCCUCUAAUCAAUUAAUUGAUGAAAAUCAGCUGUUUCUAAUAGCCUAUCUGCCCAGAUUAGAACAACUCAUCCUUUCUGACAUUGGACUUUCUUCUAUACGUUUUCCAGAUGCUGGAACUGGGCAUAAGACUUCCAUGUUUCCUUCCUUGCAGUACCUCGUCGUGAAUGACAAUCAGAUCUCACAAUGGUCGUUUAUCAAUGAGCUGGAUAAGUUACCGAGUCUGCACGCUCUGUCCUGCAGCAGAAACCCCCUGACGGAAGAGAACAAAGCAGCACAUACCACGCGUGGGCUCAUCAUCGCCAAAAUCGGUCAGUUGAAGACCCUGAACAAAUGCGAGAUCCCGCCGGAGGAGAGGCGCGGCGCCGAGCUCGAUUACCGGAAGGCGUUCGGCAACGAGUGGAAGGCGGCGGGCGGCCACCAGGACCCCGAGCAGAACCGGCCCCACGCGGAGUUCCUCGCGGCGCAUCCCCGGUACCAGUCGCUGUGCCUCAAAUACGGUGCGCCCGAAGACGGGGAACUCAAGACACAACAGCCGUUUUUGCUCAAAAACCAACUACUAACACUGAAGAUAAAAUAUCCUAAUCAAGUUGAUCAGAAAGUCCUAGAGAAACAACUGCCAGACUCCAUGACAAUUCAGAAGGUGAAGGGACUGCUGGCCCGUCUUCUCAAAGUUCCUGUGUCAGAACUGCUGCUCUCCUAUGAAAGCCCCAAAAUGCCUGGCAGAGAGAUCGAGCUCGAAAAUGACCAGCAGUCGUUACAGUUUUAUUCUGUGGAAAGUGGAGAUUGUCUGUUGGUGCGAUGGUAAUAAUGAACUAAGAAAGUCUGGGGACUACACUGUUUAUCAUGACUGGGUGUGGGGGUCACCGGAAAUAAAGGAUUUAUUGGAACAAUUCUGUCAGAAAAAGAGGUUUUACAACUUGCCGUAAGCAUAGAAAAAGUGGUAUUUUCACUGGGAAGAGACCAUUUCUAGGCUUGUAUGUAACAGCAGUAAUAAAGGCUUUGCACCUACUAA